GAGCGGAAACGCCUCUGUCCUCACGAUGUCGCGCCAUCCGUCUUUCCGCCGCCCGACGUUCAGGCACGCCAUUGGAAAGCCGUCGCCCAGGGAGCGCUGCUUCGAUGGCGUGCCGAUCACCCGCGGCGUCCACGACAACCACUACUGUUCGGUCAAUCCCCGCUUUGUCGCCGUGGUGACGGAGUGCUCUGGGGGCGGGUCCUUCCUGGUGCUGCCCGUCCACCAUACCGGCCGUGUGGACCCCCUGCUCCCCCGGGUGUGCGGUCACAGCGGCAGAGUCCUGGACGUCAAGUGGAACCCAUUCGACGACUUCUGCGUGGCCUCGUGCUCGGAGGACUGCACGGUGAAGAUCUGGGACAUCCCCGUCUGCGGCGUCCAGCAGAACCUCGUCCAGUCCAGGAAGACCCUGAUUGGUCAUUCCAGGAGGGUGGGGCUUAUCGAGUGGCAUCCUACUGCCGAAAACCUGCUGCUAAGUUCUGCCUAUGACUACAAGGUCCUCCUCUGGGACGUUUCCCUCAUCGGCGCUGUGAUUCGGUCGCCGGUCCGGGUGGUCCUGAUGCCCAUCCACCACCGAUACCCGUCAGAGGCACUGCUGCUGUCAGUUAGCUUCAGCGGCGACGGCAGCAGGCUAGCGGUGGCAUCCAAGGACCGACGGGUUCGAGUUCUCGAUCCGCGGAAGGGAAAGAUCCUGCAGGUGUCCAGCGCCAAGCUGCACAAGGCUAACAAAGUUUUGUACAUUGGCGGGUCAAAGAUACUUCUGUCAACCGGAAGUUCACCAUGGAACCACCGACAGAUCAUCCUCUGGAACCCUGAUGAUUUGUCUAGACCGCUGUUCGAGGAGGAAGUGGACGUCUCAGCAGGAGUUCUCUUUCCGUUCUACGACCCGGACACCCGCAUGCUGUACCUGGCCGGAAAGGGCGACGGAAACAUUCGUUCCUACGAGCUGAGUGCGGACGAACCGCGCAUCAGCUUCCUGACGGAGUUCAGAUCGCUGCUGCCACAGAAAGGCCUCGGAGUGAUGCCCACGCGCGGCCUGGACCACACCUCAUGCGAAGUGUUCCGGUUCUACCGUCUGAUUCCCAUGAAGCACCUGGUGGAGCCGCUGUCGGUGAUCGUCCCCAGGAAACAGGUGGGUCUGAGUGCGGUCCGCCAGAGGAACCUUCUGGGCUGGAACUCUGGUUCCUCUCUUCUGGUUUCAGGGUGGAACCUUCCGAAAGUGUCACUGAAGGUCGACGGUCACCUGCCCAACCCUUACCCACAAUGCCCGGCUGAUGGGGCGGGGCAGAGCCCGGUCGUCACAGAGGAGGCCUUCCUGGAGGAGCAGCUGGCCUAUCAGGACGCCAAAUACCCCAGAGCACCGAGUGACCUGUCGGGGUGGCAGCCGGACGAGACGCAGUGCGCCCUGUGGACGUACCGCUUCACGCCGCACUGCAGCGAGCCGGCCGAGAGGGCGCCGCCGCCGCGCGCCCACGAUGAGCUCCUGCAGGCGUUUCACCGGCAGCAGCAGCAGAUCUGGGAGCUGGAGGCGGAGCUCCACCACAGAGAUGUGAGGAUCGCUGAGUUGGAGCUGGAGAUCAGACACAGCAGGAACGACCUGAGCUCCAGCUUCUGA